AUGUUUAUUCAUUCAGAUUUUGAAAUCUCUUCAGAAGUUUGGUGGAAAUCACAUUUAGAAGAGAAUAACAAUGAAUAUGUUAUCAACAAGAUAGAAUUGUUUAAAAAACAAAUUUUAUCUGAAAUGGAAAAAGACGACAAGAAUUUAUGGAUCGGAUAUAUGAACUAUCAUCGUGAAAAGUAUUUACUUGAGUGUAUUUCAACCGAAAUUGAUAUUAAAUACGAUGAACUACAAAAAUUAUCAGAAAAUGAAUUUACACAAGAAUUAGUAAAACGUUUACAUAAAGAUAUUGGGAAGGAAAUAAUUGAGGAUGCUGGAGAAUAUAGAACGAUUUACGUGAAACCACAUCAAGAAGAUUUUAUGUAUAUGGAUCCGAUUUUGAUAAACGAUAAGCUUGAAGAGUUGCUUAGUCAAUGUAGAGAAAAAUUUAAGGACGAGUUGAGUUUGGAGGAUGCAGUUAAAUAUGGAGCUUGUUUUCUUUCUCAAUUUUUAUUUAUUCAUCCAUUCAGUAACGGUAAUGAAAUAUAUUUACAAUGUUUGAAGGAUGCACAAUGGAGUUAUGAAUUACGUAGCCCUAGUACUUUAGCGAGAUUUAUUCUUGAAUGUAUUUACAAAACUUUAUACGAUAUUUGUGUUAUUAUGGAUAUUGAUAUAUCCACAACUGAAUAA